UUUCUUUAUCUUACAGCAUGGUCUUGAACAAGGUCCCUGUGUCACAAUCCCUGACCUAAGUCUUUUCAACAUAGAAAAUAAACCAAGGCCUUGAAAGUUCAAAUUGAAAACAUGCUGUGAAGGUAUAAGAUAUAUACACGAAGGGGAAAAAAAAGUGUUUGUAUUAACAACAAAUCCCCGAACAUAUAACAAUAUAACAGCAUUUCAACAAUGGGUGUGUUUUUAGUAUCACUUUACUUCUUGUUCUUGUACUUAUUUUAUUCCAACUAUGCUACUAAAUUACAGUUCAUAUUGUUGUAGAUUGUAUAUACCUACGUUAUUGUAAUCUUUGUGGCAUUUGUUGAUUUAACUAUUUGUUUAUGUAUUUUAUGUUAGCCUUUAUUUUAUUAGCUUUAUUCCUACUCUCUUUUCACGCUGUAUUGCUUUUCCACCUCUGUAUUGCAACUGGUGCACAGCAAUUUCCCUCGGGAUAAAUAAAGUUUCUUGAAUCUUGAAUCUUAGACUGAGUGAACUUUUAUUUUCUCUUUUCCUAUUGUUUUGUUUUGUAACACCUUCUCUAUACUCUCCAAUUUAAAUUAUUUAUUUUUAGAGAACUCGCUGAUACUGGACAGAACAUACACUUGGUUUUUUUGCUCAGAUUGAAAAUGUUAAGUUAUAGUCAAGUUGUAAAUUGUAGACGUCGCUUUUAGUCUGAAAACUCGUACCGGAAGUGUAGUCUAGUUGUAUCAAUGUUACACAAACUUGACAGCGCUGUGACAGUCCAUGUUGACUGAAUGGCAGCGUGAUCAGUUUAGUGGUUUGUGUUGAUAGUUAGCUGAAACAGUAAAGUGUGGAUGAGCUGGUUAACCGGGAGGUGACCGACAUGUUUCUGGGUUCAGCAGGUCAGCGGGGGUGUGUCGGACUUCUCCGCUGCUGGUCCCUCACAGUCAGCCCCGGGACUCUCGUAACCUCCCGGUGUCCUCUCCACACUUCACGGUCUUUCUCUAUCUCGACCCCCGCCAGGUCUCCGACCCAUGAGGAGGUAAAGCAGCCUCUGAGGCAGUGGGCUCUGGAGGUGAGCCCCUUCAGCACGGUGCGGGCACGGCUGGCCUGCAGCAUCUCCAUCUGCCCGCUGGACCCGCACGCCUUCCCGGAGGCUGACCGAGCCUUCAUCGCGGUGCACGGAGCAGACACCGAGCAGGAGGAGACGGUCAGUCUGGAUCACCUACACGUCCGCUACGAUGAUCAGAGCAAAGAGCUGCUCAUCUCUGCUGAAAAGGUGAACAGCAGCGUGUCGAUUGACCUGGCGGCACCUAUCAAAAGCAAUCUCUUCAUUACCACUCAAGGAAAAGGCAACGUGAACGUGAAGAAAAUGGAGUGUGACAUCUGCAAGGUGCAAACAGAGAGAGGCAACUGUUUGCUGCACUCUGUCAAGGGUCAUCAGGUCGAGGUGCAGUCCAGUGGCGGACACAUCACGGGUGUGGGCACCAUCCACGGUAAUGUGGACAUCAGCGCAUGUGGAGACAGUGCAGUGGAUGUCAAGAAGCUCCAGGGCACCAAGAUGAAUGUUUCAACAGAGCACGGCCUUCUGAAGGUCAAAGCCAUCUACGCUGAGUCCAGCUGCAUCUUCUCCUGCUCUGGGAGAGUAGAACUGGGACAUGUACAUGGUAAUGCCACUGUGAAGAAUGAGUCUGGAGAUACAGUUGUAGAUGGUUCAAAUAGUUUUCUGAAGGUUUCCUCUCACAGCGGAGACAUUGAUGUCUAUGUGGGAGAGGGUGGCAGUGCUGAGCUUCACAGUCAGGAAGGAGCGGUGUGUGUGCGCGUCCCAUCCACUCUAAGAACAGGGGCGGAGCUCUGUGGAACGUCAGUGGAAAUCAGCCCAGAGGUUGCUCUGCAUGGAGUAGAAAACAACACAGCUCAAGGCCAAACCACAGUCACUGGUUAUAUGAAUGGAGCGUCUCCAGAGGACCUGUGGGUUAAAGCUCGGGCGGACAGAGGCUCUGUCACACUGAAGACACAAAGCUGGUUCGAGUCGCUGAAGCUGGGGAGCUGAGUUAUUACUGUCAGGAUUGAUAAUGCUGUGUCACUGCACUGGGGCUUUACACCUUUACAGACAGAGCCAGAUAUUUACUGCAGCUCUUCAAGACUGAAUGUGUGUUUACCUCACUGAAGUAUUUAACCCUCUGCUCAGGAUAUAUUGUUCUUUCAAUGAGGAUAUUAUGUAUCAUCUAUAGUAUUUAAGAAAUAUUCUGUAUGUGUUCAAAAUCACUGUACAGACACUGAGUAUGCAUUCUGUUUGACUUGCAACUGGUUUGUGCUGAACUGUCAAAUUGUUUACUUUAGUCAGUGAUUGUAUGUCUUCUGUAUGGUCUGUCAAUACUAUAAAGAUAGAUUACAAAUCUCA